AUGUCGUCGAGCUGUUCGUCCGUGACGUGGCGCGUCGACCGCGCUACGCGCCAAUCCAGUGUCGAGGCCUUGAACGCCUUUCUUCGCUCUAGUCGCUCGUCGUGUCUUUGUCCGUCCCCUUUGUCUCUCGCUGUCCACGUUUGUGUAGGCAACGAAGCAGCCGACGCCGACUCGAUCGUUAGUUCCUUGGCCUACGCUUUUGUAUGUACACAGCAGCAGAACAAGCUGCAGAAGCAGCAGAGUGAGUCGGAGACGCUCCACGUCGCUGUCCUGCCCAUCACUCGAGCCGAGUUCCCACUGCGUUGUGACGUCGCCGCGAUGUUCCAAGCCCUAGCCAUUGACACAGCCGCUCUCGUGUUCGUCGACGAGUUCCCAUGGUCUUUAAGUGGCCGAGUGAUGGUCACCUUAUUGGACCAUAAUGCUCUAAGUAACAAGAAGCUGCUGCCGUGGCGUGACCAAUUGGAGAUUCAGGAGAUCGUGGACCAUCACUCGGAUCUUGGCCACCAUCGGGAGGUGAAGAAACGGGACGUGGCGUUUGCGAACGGACAAGCGCUGGUCGCCAGUACGUGUACGCUCGUGGCAGAGAAGAUGGACGCUGCUGUCGUGCGUCACCCAGCUUAUCCGGUGCUGUCGACGAUGCUGCUGGGAGUCAUUGCUCUGGACAGCAUUAAUUUUGAUCCAAAGGCAAAGCGUGUGACGUCGAGAGAUGUGCAAGCAGCUCAACAGCUGAAAGAGAAGGCAUUUGCUACGAAAGAGGAGCUGUUUACAUGGCUACAAGCGGAGAAAUUUAACGUUGAGCGCUGGAAAGCAUUUACUUUAGCGGAUUGUCUGCGAGUAGACUACAAGGAGUUUGAAUUUGGGACGGCAGGUAAUGACGUGAAGAGGGUUGGCAUAAGUGCCGUGUUAGUGGAUAUUGAGGCUUUUGUCCGCAAGGUUGAUGAUGCAGUUGCUUUGCGCAACGAAUUGUCUGCUUUUUGCAAGCAGAACGACUUGGCAUUUGUACUGGUGAUGAGUUUAUCCAUGACGUCUGAUAACCAGCGUCAGCGCCAGUUGCUCUUCUUUCAGGAGACGGGUAACGAAGUCAAACGGUGCUUGGCAUUUUUUGAAAGUGACGGGUUUUUGCUGCUGACUCCGCUGCAGCUACCACAGACUCAUUCGGAUGAGCACGUUGCUGCUUUCAGUCAGCUUAACGUCGAAGCUUCCAGGAAGCAAGUUGCACCACUGAUUCAGCGCGCACUCGUCGAGUGUCAAGUCGUGCUGCAAGCGACUAGGUCUGCAGCUACAUUGUAA